GCCGAACUCCGCCCUUCUCUUCCGCCAUGUGACCUUUCUGAAACCCCUCUCUCUCACCAUUUUUCUCUUUUUUCCCCUUUUGAUUUCUUUAAUUUUUAGUUCAAAAACUAAGUACCAACAAACCCAUAUCUCCGAUUUCUUACUUUCCACUUCACGGCGAAACAGAAAGCCCCAUUUCACCUGCUUUCUAUCUUCUGCUGGAGGUUUUUGUUUGAGGUUUAAAUGAUCAUCGGAUGGCGGAGUUCAUCCAUAGACCCACGAAUAACCGGGGGUUCUACGUCCGGAUGAGACUGCUUCACAGAAGCCGGCCGCCGCCGGAGAAAAGCCUGUUCUUCAGAUACUACAAAUGGGUUCUCUGGAUUUCUUUAUCUCUGUAUUUUUUCAGCUCAUAUUUCAUCAGCCACAAACCCAUCCCUCUUUCUAAAAGCUAUGUAACAAACUCUAAAUCUGUUCAUCCUUCUCGGGCCUUAUUUGAGUCCAUCAACGGAACUCUUCAAGAAUCCAAACCUGAUCGAGGGUCAUUCAAGGAUUUGAAGGUGUUUGUCUACGAGCUGCCGUCGAAAUACAACGUUGACUGGCUCGCCAACGAGCGUUGCAGCAACCACCUGUUCGCCGCCGAGGUGGCCAUUCACAGGGCCCUCCUCAAUAGCGGCGUACGGACGUUCGACCCCUACGAGGCGGACUUCUUCUUCGUUCCAGUCUAUGUUUCGUGCAAUUUUAGCACCGUUAAUGGGUUCCCGGCCAUUGGCCACGCUCGUUCUCUCUUGUACUCGGCGAUUCAGCACAUCUCGUCGCAGUAUCUGUUCUGGAACCGGUCUCAGGGCUUUGACCACGUCUUCGUCGCUUCCCACGAUUAUGGAGCCUGUUUCCACGCCAUGGAGGACAGGGCAAUCGCUGUUGGGAUACCAGAGUUCAUGAAGAAGUCGAUAAUGUUACAAACUUUUGGUGUGGAAUACAAACACCCUUGCCAAGACGUUGAGCAUGUCGUUAUACCACCUUAUAUCCCACCGGCUAGUUUACGGAAGACUCUGGGGAAAUUUCCUGUAACCGGCCGGCGAGACAUCUGGGUCUUCUUCAGAGGCAAAAUGGAAGUCAACCCCAAGAAUAUUAGUGGGCUAUACUACAGCAGGAAGGUGAGGACAGACAUAUGGAGGAGAUAUAAUGGUGACCGGAGGUUUUACCUUCAAAGGCACAGAUUUCCCGGCUACCAGUCAGAGAUCGUACGGUCAGUGUUCUGUCUGUGUCCAUUAGGGUGGGCCCCGUGGAGCCCUCGACUAGUCGAGUCAGUCGCCUUGGGCUGUGUGCCGGUGAUAAUUGCGGACGGUUUACGUUUACCUUUCCCCUCGGCCAUACGGUGGCCAGAGAUUUCCCUUAGGGUGGCGGAGAAGGACGUGAAGAAGCUAGGGAGGAUUCUGGAACACGUGGCGGCAACCAAUUUGUCAAGCAUCCAGCGCAACCUCUGGGAGCCGGCAGUUAGGCGGGCGCUGAUGUUCAACGAGGCGGUGGAAAAAGGAGACGCCACCUGGCAUGUGAUGGAGUCGCUUUACGCCAAGCUGGAUAGGUCGUACAGAAGAUCAAAAGUUUCUAGCCAAUAACAAGAUGCCACGUGAGAUGCCAACUGCAUUGACUCGGUUGACAGGUUACCUGAGACAUGAUGGAUAUUUUGAAUAGAUUGUGCUAAGUGCUAAUGUACCAGGAGGUCCAGAAUUCAUAAGGAGAUUAAGAAUUUGGCUAAAAUGUAUACUGCAGGGGAGGUACAAGAAUAUGAUUUUAUUUUUUAUUUUUUUGGCAGAAACCAACGGUAGAAUUUUGCUCUGUCACGUGAAUGUAUGUUGUCUAGGUGGCAAUUUUGCAUUGGAUGGAUAUGCGGUUCCUGUGAGAAUCGGAUUUAUUCAGCUUUUCAUUUUGUAAAUUAGUCAAAAGAGAAAUUUUGCAGUAAAUAACACACCUUAAUAGGUUUAUUUUUUUUAU